GUCAUUGUAACAACGUACAUGUACUAGCUACCAGGAAGUGCUUGAACGAAUAACAGCAAGAUGGCGACCAAGUUAACUGUGUUAUUGUUUAUCAGCUCGAUUCUAAUCCUGCUGUUAACCACAGUUAUAGUGUUAGUGCCGAAUCUGAUUAGCUUCAAAAUGUGCCUGUCAAUGACCGAAAUACAGACCUUCAUGCAGAAAAUGCGUCAAGAACAAGGGACACAGGGACCUAAACUAACAACGGAUGGGCCACCAAGUCCCGCGUGUGAUUUUGGACUGAGUGUUUCAGUUGGAGUUUGGCGCUGUAAGUUUGCAACAGCUGUUCCAACAGCUCUGCUGGCCCAAGCUGGCCUGCUAGGCCAGGCAGGCCAGGGAGUUCCAGUCGGACCGCUAGGCCAAGCAGCCCAGGGAGGCACGGCAGGCUUACCAGGCCAGUUAAGCCAGGGAAACACGCUAUCGUCAUUAGCCAUGGUACCCUACACAUGGGAGGGUUCCUACAGCACUCUUGGGGACAAUGCUGAAACAGCUUUCGCCCAAGUGACAUCGAUGAUGGAUUCAAUGGGUGUUGGUCAUGAAUUUUUCGGAGAAACAGCUGCGGAAGCUCUUGGGGAUCUAACCAGAACGAUAUAUAUUCGUGUCGAGAUAGAGGUCACCAUGGCCGUGCUCUUUGCCUUCGUUGCUGUUGUAAUAACGUUCUUAAACAUGUUUGGGGAAAAGAAACAGACCAAACCACUGUACAUCACCUCGGCAGCACUAUGUUAUAUAAUCCAAGCCAUUCUGUUGGGUGUUGCGCUAGGUUCAUUUGCACAGCAACUUCACCAGAUCUUAGUUUAUGGACACAUAUACAAGUUGGUAACAAUAACCAGCCAGGGCCUCGGACUUCUGGCGCUGGGCUUCUCAGUUGUGUUUGCUGCCAUCAUCAUGGCCAUGACGCACCUAUGGAUGUUGGUCGGCCAUUUGAGUGGAAAACAGGUGCCCAGUUCAGAUGUGAAAUACAACCCCCUCACACAGAUUCAGGACGCAUGAACAGUACUAUCGCUGACCGCAUUAUCGACAUCAUACUAUAAUCAACACUAUUCAGAUUUAAAUAUAAACAAUAUCAGAGUGUUUUAAGUGGAUCUACACCAUCCGCCACAUUAUGCAAAUGAGUUAAAACGCAUGAAUAUACAUACAUGUAUAUAAUUAAAGAUUUAAUCAUUGGUCGAAUUUUAAACAAGCAAAUUAUGAGAAUAAGAUCAGAUUUAAUCUCGCGUUAAAUCUCGGAUGUGAAUUUUUUAGUGUAUAUUGAUGGAUCUAAGAUGAUAUGUAUAUUACGUUUAAAUAUAAAGCAAUUGAGGUGUUAACGCACAAUUUUAUUUAAAUAUAUAAGGAAAUAGAGCAGCGUCAUGUCUUUUGAACAUACUCCCUUAGCAUUGCCAUUCAUGUUUGUAUGAACACACCAGUCUAUUCUGAUGAUUUUGACUUCUACGUACUUUAAUUUGAAGUGUUGACAUUUAUGCUUGUAUAAUCACCGUUCUGUACAGAUUUUUACGCUUAUGGGCACUGUCAUUCUUCACUGUUUUAUUACUAUUCCAUAAAUAUUGUUUACUUCAAAUUAGGAAAACGUGUUAUGAGGUGUAAAGCUAAGACAAAUAUGACACGGUUUUAUUAAUUUUUCUUUGUUAGAUUUGAUGAUAAAAUAUCAUAUUAGCAUGCUGGACUCAAUUUAAAGUGAGCGAAUGAAUCUCAAACUCCCGUUCUUAGCCUCAUACAGGUCCAGAAGCUUUAAAUGCUGUUUAUUCUCUUGUUUGCCUUUUUACUAAUAUUUCAAUGCAUACUUUUGAAGGUAAUAAAUGUAACGUCUUUAUCAUUUU